GGAGGCUACGUUUGUUUCGGUUCUGAUCGGAAAUAAAACCAGGUUUACUGUAUGCGGGUUUUUUUUUUCUCUCUCUCUCCAGUUAUUAUUUAUUUAUUUAUUCUAACGAUUGUGUUUUGUGUUACGUCAUAUGACCUGGAGAACUGUGAGAUUAAAAUGUUGGUAUUAUAACAUCAAUAGCUGGUUAGGUUAAAUAAAUGAGUUACUUAGUUGCUUAGUUCAAACAGAUAAACAAGCGAUGCGGAGUUGAUCUGAAUAAUGAAUUAAUGUGGAGGGAAAGGGAGAUAAAAUUUCACACCCCGGUGCAGCCAUGCCGCUGACAUUGAGCUUAUCCCCGGCCGCUGUGUGUCAGUGCUUCACUUUGGUGUCCCUCUGCACCUCCAUCGCCGACCCGAACUGGAUCCAAGUACAGAACAGGACGGACACGAAUGAGCUCAUUUACGGAGUGGCUUUUACUCUACACGCUGCACAGAACCUCUCCAAUACCGCACCUCUGGGUGGGAUGCACGGACUGGGCAUGAACUUGCUCUACAUACUCGCUGCUCUGUGCUACAGCGCCGUUCUGCUCUCCAGCUCCUCCUUCUUAGUGGACUUCCUUGGAAUUGGCUACACUCGUCCCAAGCUGGUCAAAUCACUUCACGUCUCUACAGCCGUGAUGUGUCUGGCGAUCCUGGUCGUGAGUGGGACGUGUCUCUGGGUGAUCCAGCAAAAUGUACAAAAAGGGAGACUGAGUUGGGUUUGGAGCACAGCCCCAGCUCCAUCCAAAGGACUGAGCACCUCGCCUGGAGAGAGCUUUUACAUCGAGAUACUGGCCCUCAUCUUCGCCUGCGUGGCCUCCGUUUUUAGCUUUGUCUGUCCGCCUGGUUCCUUCGUUCCCACCAUGGAGUCCGAGGACCGAGAGAGGGAGUGUCUCAUCACUGAUCUGGGACCUGAUGGAGAUGAGUGGGGUGACUGAGUAGACUUGGCAUGUCAGACCAUGUGAAUUAUACCAGAUAAGGAAACUGUGCAAUGCCUAACUAAUGAAUAUGUUCAGUACUGGAAGUUGAGUCACGUAGCUACUAGGAUGAGUAGUGAAACGUAUAUACUGAACAGGAAAGACAUGACUCAACUUCCAAAUAACCUCACCUGGACGACUGAGAAUCUUCACAGAAUCUUUUUAGUAGUUACUUUGCAGUUUAUAAGAAUAUGUGCACUGUGCUAUGUUUUUAAUUAAUAUUGUUUUAAACAAAGAAUAACUAUAGUGUUUUUAUACACAUUAAUGAGACCAGUUUAUAACCACUAAACUAGAAAAAUCUAAAUGGACCAAAGAAUUACCAAACUGUACAGUAAAAUCGCUUUAAUCCAUUUAUACAGUUAUUCUCAUGUCAUAAAUGUGUGCUAUUAUAGGAAAAUAAUGAAUUACGCAAACUUCACUAGACUGCUACCCCACCAGUUAUUUUUUGUUGUUUUUAUUAUAACAGUUUGUCCCAAAGUGUUUUAUUCUUCUUUUAUCAGAAGAUACAAUUACACGUCAUACAUGUUAUCCACUCAUCUAUACGAUAGGGUCAUGGGGACCUUGAGUCUUUCCCAGGAGGCUUAGGGGACGAGGCAGGGUACACCCUGGACAGGGUGCCAAUCACAUGUUAUCCAUCUGUAGUGAAUGUAAUGCUGUGGAACUGAACAGCCUCGAAAACAAAUUCUCUUAUUGCUUCCAUAAAACUUUUAAAUAAUUUGCCCCACCCCACUCAUCUGUCUCCGUCUGUCUGUCUCUUUCUCUCUUUCACUCUCUCUCUUUUUUUCUCUUUCAGCUAAUGUGACACAACUGCAACUUAUCAUGUUACUGAUAAACCAUAAAGUACAAAGUCCUGUCUCUCAAAAGCAGAGAUCAUAAAGCAGCAAUGUUAUUUUUUAUUUUUUAUAAAACCCUGACAUCUCCAUAAUUUAUAGAACUAUAAAACCUGUGAAUUAAUUACUAAAGGAAUAACAACAUAUUAGGGAAAGCACGUUAUCCUAAAUCUGAGAUUUGCAUUGCACCACUGUCUGAGCUGCUGUUUUAGAGGUUUAAUUAACACCUUAUGACCAAUAAGAAUCAAGACUUUAACAGGUCUUAGGUGUAACUAUUAAUGAUUAUAAUAGAUUUCUUUUGAGUGAGAUAAUCUCAUGGAUUUAUUAGGAAUUACUAAAACAAUGUUGCAUAGAUCAAGGAGCAUGGUGUAGCCUUUGAAGUUAUUCUGUCUGAACGGAACAGGAAAAUCUCAGUGCCUUAAACAGGACAUGGGGUUAUAAGUAGACAGGAAAACAAAUAUUGUUUUUAGCAUAAAAGGGAGAAAACGUUUUUUGUUUUUUUUAACAUUGAUAUCAUAGGAGAAGAUUCAGACUUGUUGUUGUGAGGACAUUCGAUGGGUUUCAUUGCAAAAUUUUCUGACACAAUUAGGCAUUUUUUUUCUCAUAAAGUUGUCAAAACUUUUUUCUUCAAACGAUUUUCUCGAAACUUUAACCCUACAUGAUUUUGAUUUUGGAAAAACGUCACAGUAGUAAAUACAUUUUAAAAAAUGUUUGCUCCUUUCAUGUCAUGUGAUCAGCUUAAAACUUCUUUGAUGUGCAAAAUAGUAGCUGAUGUAAAUGAAGUAAAUGUGGUAAAAAAGGACAUUUACAGUAUGUUAGUGCCACUGCAGUCUCUCCAGCAGCCACUGAUUUCUGUAAUAAAAACGCUGUUAUCACAUACUGAAGUAAAACUAUUGGCUGAUGAAGCUCUAAACUGGUUUAAACUUAUGAUGCUCUAAACAAAAGUUCCUAACAUCUUUUAAAUGUUUCUCACAAUCCUUAACUUCAACACUUAUUUCCUUGUUCCUUGUUUUUAUUAACUUUAACCCACAUAUCAUUGAUCCUAAACGGCAUAUUAACAAGUCGACAAACACAACCGCAAGCUGAUUUAUUCAUUGUGACAAAACCGUAGAAAGUGGAUUUAUAGGAUUUUGCGAAAUCUUACAAAAAUUGUGCUUUUGAAAUAUGUAUUACUUUUUUGCAAAAACUACCAGUUGGAUUUAUAUUAUUUUGUAGUAAAACCCUUUAUGCAUAUGCAAUUUUUAGAAACAUUUCAAUGUGCCUUCAAAACCUUACCUAAAGAUAUCUUGUUUGUGUUUUUAGCACAUUGUAAAAACGUUGUAGCUUAGCAUACUUAGACUAGCAGUUAAAUUUGUUACCGAAUGGUCCUUUUUUUUUUUUUUUUUUACUAAAUAAGAAAUAAACUGAUCCUGUACUGUGUUUAGAUGCAAUCACUAAUAGAAACAACAGUCCAUGUUGAUUCACGUUGUUAUGUAUUCAUACAAGAUGUACUUCUGUAAUCAUUUUAUAGCAGUGCAAAAUUCUCAUUAGGUACUUUUUAGUUGCAUGUAUGAUUUCAGAGGAACUAUUAAAGUGUUUCAAAAUACCAUUUAUUAUUAUACUAAUUACUAUAAUGAAGGUAUUGGAAAUGUGUGGGAUCCAGGAUUUCUUGUGCUGAGUUGAAACUUCGGAUAGUUCUACCCCUGAAUCUAUCAUCUGAUUUGUCAUCUUGAAGUCUGGACAGGAUAAUAUUUUCAGGUUACAAUCGGCAUCAGUUUUGCAGGUUGUCGUCCAAAAUUAGACACAUUUUUGCCAUGUGAGAGGAAAUGAAAUGACUCUGUGAUGUCCUGCAUGGAAUAAAACAGAAGGAAACGUCAGAGUUUUUCUGAAUAUGUUGACAUGAAUACUCACACUGAAGAAUUACCUUUUUUUUUUUACUUGAAACACACUAACUUUCUUUUGUGCAUGAUAAAACAUGAUGUAUUUCUGUCAAGGGUUGCUUUUUUGUUUUGUGCCUGAAACGCACAUGAAAUUAUAUUUAAUGUAGCAUAAAUAAAUGUGUAUUAAUGUUUA